GAAGAUGUAACCCGGUCCAUUUUCUCUUUCCCCACGGCAGUUGCUUGUUGCUUUUCCGGCGACGAACUCCCAAAUCCCCCAACUGCAAAGUGGAAAUCCUUCGCCUUCUCCUUCCUAAUCUCUACCUCCCCUCUGUUCCCCAGAGCAAGUGAGAGAUCUGUCGGGGGAAAGGAGGCAAAACCAGCUUCGAGGAGGCGGAAACAUUAGUCCCCUUCGGCGAGCAUCAACUAUGCGAAGGAUGCGGCGCUUGCGCGCCAUAUAUCCAUGGCUGCGUGCACCGCACUUAAUUUUUUGCAGGAAAAAAUGGAAGUAUCUUUUAACCAACAGAUUUUGGUGGAUGAACUUGCAAAGCUCUACAACUCACAGAGGCAAAUUGAUGAUUUAUCAAGUUGGUGCAUUAGCUUUAAGCAAAAUGCGAAACAAGUUGUUGAAACAUGGCUUCAACAAUUAUUUAGUUGCCCAAGAGAACAGAUAGUAGCUUUUCUGCAUCUUGCUAAUGAGAUUUUGCGAAAGUGCGGGAAAAAGGGUAUAGAGUUCAUUAAUGAACUCUGGAAAGUUCUUCCCAAGGCUUUAAGUUUUGCUUUGGGUAAAGGAGAUGAGUGUGCAAAAGCUGUACUAAAAUUGGUUUGCAUAUGGGAAGAACAUGAAUUUUUUGGUUCUAAAAGCAAGGAACUCAGAGAAAAAAUUGCGAGAAUCAUCUCUGAAACAAGAAAGAUGGAUGGCAAGGCUGAGUUGGAAGAUGCAAGAAAGAUGAAUGAGAAGACUAAGUUGGAAACGAAGACUCCACAAUUUCAUCAUCUCCUUGAGGCUACCAUCAUAUCUCGACAUACGAAAACAGUAGGUACUGGUAUCUCAUCUGAGAUGGAAGCAAAGCCCACCUCCUCUAGCUCCUAUGCCAAGUUGCAGUAUCUGCUUUCUUCUCUUGUCUCAGCUGGCGUCAUUGGUCUAGGAGAAUCUCCUGUUCCGAAGAAGAAACUUAAAACCUCUGAACCCCUGCCGCAGCCACCAGUGCAACUUGUUCCACAUCUUCAAAGUUCUAGAAUGGAGUUACCACUGCUGCCUCCACUUCCAUUUCCAUCUACUAAACCAAUUGCUUUACCAACCCAAACUUUGUUGAUUCAGACCUCUGCUGGGUCUUCUAACGGUGUACCUUCCCGCUAUAACUCAGCUCCUUCACCCCUCUCAAACUAUCCACCACUGGGCAAGCAUUCAGGUCCAAAUUCUCUGAACUCAAACUACAGUUUUCUAGUAAUGGAGGGGCGCAAUCUUUCUGUUCGGCCACCAUUACAAAUGCUACCGCCUCUCUUGGCUCAGGAACAACGGACUAGUUACCUGAAAGCAUUAGUGGCAAAGUAUGGUAGAAUGCCAAAAUGAUCGUUGGCUACUUAUUCAACUCUAAACAGUCACAUGCAGCCACCCGAACUGUUUUCUCUACAAUAUUCCAGCAAUUUGUCAUACAUUCAAGUGCAAACAUUUGCCAGCAACUUUCAAAGCUUUUCUUUUUCUGAAUAAAUUGUACUCAAGUUGAAGACACCAUUUUACAGGUUUUUCAUUUAUAGAAUGAGAUACUAUGAUUUGCUGCA